AUGAGAUACGUUUACGCGCAUUUCCCAAUCAACGUAAACACUGUUGAACAAGAUGGUAAGAGAUUCGUUGAAAUCAGAAACUUCUUGGGUGACAAGAAGGUCAGAUUAGUCCCAAUCAGAGAUGGUGUCGAUGUUGAAUUCUCUACCAAUCAAAAGGAUGAAAUCGUUUUGUCUGGUAACUCUGUCGAAGAUGUUUCCCAAAACGCUGCUGACAUCCAACAAAUCUGUCGUGUCAGAAACAAGGAUAUCCGUAAGUUCUUAGAUGGUAUCUACGUUUCCCACAAGGGUUGUAUUGUUGAAGAAUUGUAA